AUGUCCCUCACCUUUGCUCUCGCAGGCCCUCUGCUCUUCAGCCUGGUCGCCGCCCAAACCCCUGACACCACCGCGGAGAACCAUCCUAAACUCACGACCUACAAGUGUACGACGAAUGGUGGAUGCACUGCCCAAAACACAGCACUUGUUCUCGACGCCUCUUCGCACCGCAUCUAUCAGUCCAAUGCUCCUGAUUCCAACUGUGGCGAUUGGGGCUCCGGGGCAAACGCCACAGCUUGCCCCGAUGAGGAGACAUGUCAACAAAACUGUGUCCUGCAAGGAAUCCCGGACUACACUGCGAAUGGAGUACACGCAAAUGGCUCGGACCUAACUCUUCUCAUGCUGAGUAGCGACGGCAAGACUGAGUACAGCCCACGGAUCUACCUCCUGAAUGAGGCCGAAGAUGCGUACGAGAUGCUCCAGUUGACCGGACAGGAAUUUACCUUUGAUGUAGAUAUGAGUAAGCUCCCGUGUGGAAUGAACUCGGCGCUCUACCUGUCCGAGAUGGAAGCGACCGGAGGCAAAGACUCCUCCGAUCUUUCUGUAGCAGGAGCCGAAUAUGGUGCUGGUUACUGCGAUGCUCAAUGCUACACGACUCCAUUCAUCAAUGGCCUGGGAAAUAUUAACGGGAGCGGAGUCUGCUGCAACGAGCUUGAUAUCUGGGAGGCGAAUUCCAGGGCAACGCACAUAGCCCCGCACCCGUGCAAUGUUCCUGGCCUCUACGCAUGUGAUGCAAAUGGCGAGGACUGCGGUGACAACGGCGUCUGCGAUAAGAGCGGUUGUUCGAUGAACCCGUACAAGAUGGGACACCCGGAAUACUAUGGCCUCGACCUGGAGGUUGACACGACUCGACCUUUCACUGUUGUCACACAAUUUCCCUCUGAUCAGAGCGGUCAGCUUACCGCUAUCAGACGCCUCUAUAUCCAGGACGGCAAGACGAUUGAAAUGCCCAUCUCGACGGUAGAAGGAGUUCCAGCCCAGAACUUUUUGAAUGAUGAGUAUUGCAAUGCCACCGGUGCUGAAAAAUACAUGGGCCUUGGAGCAACCGAGGGAAUGGGCGCCGCUAUGAGCCGCGGGAUGGUCCUCGUCUUCAGCAUAUGGUGGGACAAGGGCGGCUUUAUGCAAUGGCUAGACGGGCAGAGCUCGAAUGCUGGGCCUUGUAACGCAACUGAGGGGAACCCCGAGAUCAUCGGGUCCAUUCAGCCUGACACACAGGUUACGUUCAGCCAGAUCAGAUGGGGUGACAUCGGGUCGACGUUCUCAGGUUCCUCGAACGGAACAGGUGGCAUGAAUGGCUCAAGCUCGGCCGUGAGCUCCCUACCACGACGGCUCAUGGCCGAGGGUCUCGCAUUCCAUAGUUGA